UAAAAACGCAUUUUGGCGGUUAAACUGUUGUUUAAUAUAUUGUGAUAUUUAUAAUUUGCUUGUGUAUAUAUAAGAUAAGUAAGACAACAAUUAUUAAUUAUCACAAAAUAAUAAUUUGUUGUUAAAAUGUUCGGAAAAGAAGCAUUAAAACUUAUAACAGAAUUAGAACUGUCUGAGGACGUAAAACCGUUCAAUGAAAAUUUAGUACGUAAAGUUAUGGAUGAAAUGCAAUCACUUUAUGAAGCUAAUUUAGAAGACGUAAAUACAACAGUAUCAGAUUCAGAUGAUUCUGCAUCGCGUUAUAUGUCUGUCCAACUAAGACAUGCUGCUUUAAAUCGCAACAAACGUUGUCUUCUGGCGUACGUUUACAACAGAAUGAGAAGACUCAGACAAGCUCGUUGGGAAUUCGGUAGUAUUUUACCACCAGAAAUAAGCGUCAACAUGCUGAGCUUAGAGACUCAGUGGUUCCAAGCUUACAAUAAAUCUCUUGCUACUUAUAUGAGAUCUAUUGGAGACAACCAGGGACUCAACCUUACUGUUGAUAUGGUACCACCUAAAUCAUUGUACAUUGAGGUCAGGUGUCUCGUUGAUUAUGGAAAGUUUGAGCUAGAUGAUGGGCAAGUUAUCACACUGAAAGAAAAUACUCAUCAUUUAUUACCUAGAGCUCAGUGUGAGCCUCUAGUACGACAAGGAAUUCUGGAGCACGUCAACUCGUGAUCAAAUAGAAAAAUUUC